AUGCUGGCGGGCGCCAGGCUCCAGCGGCGGCGGCGGCAGCUGCAGCAGCCUCAGCAGUCCCGGCGGCGGCAGCCUUUCCCGUGGCCGAUGAAUGCAGACCCGCCGCCACCGCCCUGGGUUUGGAUGGUCCCUGGCUCCACCGGGCUGCUCCGGCUCGGCGCCGGGGUCGCGCCCCCGCCGGUGCUACUGGCUUCGGCGCAGCCCGCCGCCGCCCCGCUGCUUGCGCGGUUGCCGGGCUGGCCAGCCCCGGGCGAGCCCCUGCUGCCUCUGCUGCCGCUGCCCUCUGCGCCAGAACACGCCGUGCACCAUUAUCCCCUGCUCCCCGGACAGUGGCUGUUUGGUGGUCAUUCUCCAUCCAUAGGACUAUCCCCCUCCUCUGCUGUGGAGUUGGUGCCCCUUUUCCCACAUGUCUGCCCUUCUGCUCUGCCACCUCCUGUUGGGAAAAGCUGGAUAGACAAGAGGAUGCCUAAUUACAAGAUCUUUUUAAAUAAUUCCUUUGCUCUGGACUCAACGUGGAUAUAUCCCGAGGAAUCAGGACUCUUCCACAGCCAUGAAAAACCUCAUUUUCUGGCAAACCAAGUAACUCCAUCUCUGUCUAGGCCAGCUCCUGCCUCCAGGCCACUCCCCACUGUGGUAUUAGCAGCUCAACCAAUAUCAGGUGGUUGCCAUAAUAGCCUUAAGCCAAUCAGCAGUGGUCCCACCAUCACCAUCACUGCCGCCGCCGCUGCUGCAGCUGCUGCCAUGGUCUCCGUGGACCCUGAGGAGCUCCGGGGCCUGUCACCCUCCAUUGUGCAGCCCUGCCAUUUCCUGACAUUGACCCCCAUCAGAAUCCCCCUCCGGACCACCCCCUUCUCAGAUAAAAGCAAAGAGCUCAGCCGUGCACCCCGUCCUCCUGCGCUGAUGCUACGUGCCCCAGAGAGGAAAAACCUGGCAGGAGACAAAGAGGACAAGGAGCCUCCACCCAUCCUGGUAAGAGGGGAGGAGACUGAAGCAAAAGGCAAUAGACCUGUGGCCUCCACGCCUGUGCCCGGAUCCCCCUGGUGUGUGGUCUGGACAGGGGAUGACCGGGUUUUCUUCUUCAACCCGACCAUGCAGCUGUCAGUCUGGGAGAAGCCCAUGGACCUGAAGAACCGUGGGGAUCUCAAGAGGAUCAUCGAGGACCCACCCCACAAACGCAAGUUGGAGGCCUCAGCAACUGAAAGCAGUGUUGGAUCCAGUUCAGAAGAUGGCAGUGAGGACCAAAGUGUGAAAACUAAGAGGAAUAGGAUUGAAAGCUGUGAGAGUCCUGGACCAGAGGAGACCCAGCAAGUAGACAAGGGGCCACAGACGCCGCCCCCACAGAUUCUCCUGCCCCUGGAGGAGCGUGUGACCCAUUUCCGAGACAUGCUGCUGGAGAGAGGGGUAUCAGCAUUUUCUACUUGGGAGAAAGAACUGCAUAAAAUUGUGUUUGACCCACGAUAUCUCCUGCUAAACUCUGAGGAACGCAAGCAGAUAUUUGAACAGUUCGUCAAGACAAGAAUAAAAGAAGAAUACAAGGAAAGGAAAAGUAAAUUGCUGCUAGCCAAAGAAGAAUUCAAGAAACUUCUAGAAGAAUCUAAAGUAUCACCCAGGACCACAUUUAAAGAGUUUGCCGAGAAGUACGGCCGGGAUCAGAGGUUUCGGCUUGUUCAGAAGCGGAAGGAUCAGGAGCACUUUUUCAACCAGUUCAUACUUAUUCUAAAGAAACGGGACAAGGAAAACAGACUCAGGCUCCGGAAAAUGAGAUGA